CUUAACCGGCGGGGGCUCCGGCUGUGUCCCGCACCGUCAGCCGCCCGUGAACCAGACGGACAGUCGCUUGUGUUUCCCCGUCUGUCAGACUCCCUUACGGCGCUGAAAGUCUCCGAGGCCCCCCGCUCACCGUGUUUUUGUUGUCGUUACCUGGAGGAAGGACGUGCUUGGAAACGCCGGUGUCCCGUGAAUGGAUGCAGCAUGUCUUCGUUCGUGUGUCGGGUUCAGUUUUUAGACGAUACCGAUCCGUUCAACAGUACUAAUUUCCCCGAACCUACCAGACCUCCGGUGUACACUUUCCGGGAAGAUAUUCCGGUGAUCAACCAGAUCGCGGGAGUGCACCGGCUCCUCAAGGCUCCCCACAAGCUCGAUGACUGCGCUCUCCAGCUCUCUCACAAUGGGGUUUAUCUGGAUCUGGAGUCCACACUGGACGAGCAGAGAGACGAACUGGAGGGAUUCCAGCAGGACGACUGCGCAGGGAGGGGAAAGAAGCACAGUGUGAUUUUACGAACUCAGCUGAGCGUCCGUGUUCAUGCGUGUAUCGAGAAGCUGUAUAACUCUAAUGGCCGUGACCUGAGGAGGGCGCUGUUUUCCCUUAAACAGAUAUUCCAGGAUGAUAAAGACCUGGUCCAUGAGUUUGUGAUGGCUGAAGGACUGACGUGUUUAAUUAAAGUGGGCGCUGAAGCGGAUCAGAACUAUCAGAACUACAUCCUCAGAGCUCUGGGUCAGAUCAUGCUGUAUGUGGACGGUAUGAACGGGGUCAUAGGUCACAACGAGUCUAUCCAGUGGCUCUACCAGCUCAUUGGCUCAAAGUUUCGUCUGGUGGUGAAGACGUCUCUGAAGCUGCUGCUGGUGUUUGUGGAGUAUUCAGAGUCCAAUGCUGCACUGCUCAUCCAGGCCAUAGACACUGUGGACAACAAGAGAGGCUGUAAGUCAUGGUCAAACGCUAUGGAGAUUUUAGCAGAGAAAGACGGUGUGGACACAGAGCUGCUGGUGUAUGUGAUGACCCUCAUCAAUAAGACGUUGGCGGCUCUGCCUGAUCAGGACUCGUUUUAUGAUAUGGUGGAUGUUCUUGAGGAGCAGGGCAUGGAGAGCGUUUCUCAGCGGUAUCUGGGCCGCAAGGGCACCGAUCUGGACCUGCUGGAGCAGCUCAACAUAUAUGAGGCGACGCUCCGUCAUGAGGAUGGAGAUGAAGACGGUUUGCCUCCAUCCUGCGGUCGGCGGGACAGACGGAGGUCCAGUGUGGGUGGAGAGAGGCGGGGCUUGGAAAGACGCCGCAGCCGCAGGCAUUCAUUGGGCAGACCAGGCCACGCCUCCCCGCUCAGUCCCGCCUCCCCACACCGCACCAACAUCAAGCUGAUGAACGGACAGGAUGAGAGAACUCUUCUGAAACACGAGUGUCUUCCAGUGAUAGAAGAAGAUGAGGAUGAGGAGGAAACUCCUGUCACUGAGUCGGGCUCAGAUAAUAAUGAUGAUGAUGAUGAUGAAGGGGGAAUUAAUCCUUCUCAUCACAGCGUCAUCAGCGGCAGUGGUAAAUCAUCCCUCUGUAACAAACACACCACAGAAGAAGAGGAGAAGAAGAGGGCCACAUCCUCAGCCCUGCCCCCUGCUGACUCCGCCCAGCCCUCAGUCUUGGCCAAUCUGUUGGCUCGCCGCAGGUCAUCUGUCACUGUGCCGUCGACCAAUCAGAUCAGUCCUCCGCAGCGGCCGCUGGACCGCCUGCCGUAUCUGCCACACUCCCCAUUCUUCCUCUUCUCAUACGACAUGGAGGAGCAGGAGGAGAAACCAGACGAGAAGAACAGCAGGUCUCUUUCUGCUGUCGGUUCUCCAUCUACACCUACUAAACAGAACGAGAGACCGGCUCUGGGUGGGCUGCUGUCCUCCUCAUACCGUCAGCAUCAGGAGUCUCUGGCGGCCGAGAGAGAGAAGAGACGAGUGCAGCGAGAGGAGCGACUGCAGAGGAUCGAGAGAGAGGAGAGAAACAGACACAGUCGAGACUAUGUGUCCAACAUGGAGGAGGCCAGACAUGCUCGAGAGGAGAGGUUUAAGACAGCGGAGCGUCUGGCAGCGGAGGAGUUCGAGAGAGAGCGGCAGCGUUCAGCACCUCGAGGACUCCCAACAGACACCUGUCAAUCAUCCCGCAGUGCCACGCCCUCCUCAGUGACAUCACAGGAAGAGCAGGACACGCCCAUCGCAUCGUACCCGCCCUCUGAACCAGACACUAAUGAUCUAGAACCGGAAGCAGAGGCUGAUCUAGAACCCGAGGAGAAAAAGCCCACAGAAGAAGCAGAGGAGGAAGUAGAAGAGGAAGUAGAGGAGGAAGUAGAAGAGGGAGUGAGUGCUGAACCGGAAGUGAGCGCAGCUGAGGAACAGGUGGCAGAGGAGGAGGAGGAGUCUGAGCGGGAAGCGCCGGAUGGAGAAGCGGAGGACAGUGGAAUACUGAGCGAUAAAGAGCGACAGAAUGAAGAAGUGAACGAGAAAGACAACUGCUCUGCGUCCAGCAUAUCCUCCGCCAGCAGCACGCUAGAGAGAGAAGAUCGACUCAAUGCAGGCGCCGCAGACACAGGUCAGUGGAACGUGAAUGAACAGCGACACAAGAUCCUGGACAGCAAACUCUUCAUGCUGGACAUGCUGUACUCUCAGAGCAAAAAGCCCUGCGAGGAGGACGAGGAUGAGGAUGAAGAGCUGGCGGAGGAUAAGGAGGCAGACGGAGAAGAGAAAGAACCGGACGAAGAUUCAGCGACAGCGCCGGACGAAAACACCGAAGCAGACAAGAAGCAGGAGACCCAGAGUAACGUUCGGGCGUUCGCUGAGCGCUUCGGGGACGUGGUGAAAGGUUUGACCUCUCCACCAAUAGAAUUGCAGGAUCUGCCUCCUCCUCCUCCUCCACCACCACCGAAGAAGGAGUCAGACUGUAUUUGGGAUCAGCUGAUGGCGAGUCCGAGAGAUCUGCGUAUCGGUGAUAUCGACUUCACUGAUUUAGGAGAUGAAGAUGAUCAGGAUGUGUUGGAUUCUGGGAGUUUAUAUAGCUCUGGAGACCUUCAGGCUCCGCCCCCUCCUCCCCCACCCUGCCCCUUUAACCUCCCGGCUCCGCCCCCUAUGUUCGGCUGUCCUCCGCCCCCUCCCGUCUUCAGCAUACGUGUGCCUCCGCCCCCUCCCUGCUUCUCCAACCAGGCUCCGCCCCCUCCGGAGAUGAAGGCGGAGCUUCCACUCUUCCAGAAGAAGAAGAAGACCAUCCGACUGUUCUGGAGUGAAGUUCAGCCUGCAGACUGGAUCUACCGGAACCACAAGCGCAGCCAGGAGUCGCUGUGGUCCAGACUCGAACCUGUCAAAAUCGACACCGCUAAACUUGAACAUCUGUUUGAGAGCAAAUCCAAAGAGAUGCCUGUCGCUAAGAAAGCAGCAGCAGACGGGAAGCGUCCAGAGAUCAUUGUUUUAGACUCCAAACGCAGUAACUCCAUCAACAUCGGCCUGACAGUUCUUCCUCCGCCGCGCACCAUCAAAACUGCCAUCGUCAACUUCGAUGAGUACGCGCUCAACAAAGAGGGCAUUGAGAAAAUCCUGACCAUGAUUCCCACAGCAGAGGAGACUCAGAGGAUCCAGGAAGCUCAGCUGGCCAAUCCGGAUGUUCCUCUGGGCAGCGCAGAGCAGUUCCUCCUGACCCUCUCCUCCAUCAGCGAACUCUCGGCUCGACUGCAGCUCUGGGCCUUCAAACUCGACUACGAGGCCACGGAAAAGGAAGUGGCCGAGCCUCUACAGGACCUGAAGGAGGGCAUGGAUCAGCUGGAGAAAAACAAAACACUGAGAUACAUUCUGUCCACUCUGCUGGCCAUCGGGAACUUCCUGAACGGCUCAAACGCCAAGGGCUUCGAUCUGAACUAUCUGGAGAAGGUUCCGGAGGUGAAGGACACGGUGCACAAACAGUCUCUGCUGCAUCACGUCUGCAGCGCCGUGCUGGAGAACUGCAGCGACACCACUGACCUGUACUCUGAGAUUGGCGCCAUCACACGCUCGGCCAAGGUGGAUUUCGAGCAGCUGCAGGAGAACCUGACUCUGAUGGAGCGGCGCUGCAAAGCAUCAUGGGACCACCUGAAGGUGAUCGCCAAGCACGAGAUGAAGCCGGUGCUGAAGCAGAAGAUGUCGGACUUCCUGAAGGAGUGCGCAGAGAGGAUCAUCAUCCUGAAGAUCGUGCACCGCCGCAUCAUGAACAGGUUCCACUCGUUCCUGCUGUUCCUGGGUCAGCCGGCGUACAGCGUGCGGGAGAUCAGCGUGACGCGCUUCAGUAAGAUCAUCAGUGAGUUCGCUCUGGAGUAUCGAACCACACGAGAGCGAGUCCUGCAGCAGAAGCAGAAACGAGCCGAUCACAGAGAGAGGAACAAGACUCGCGGGAAGAUGAUCACCGACGUCAACACACAGACUGAUGAUGAAGAGGACAGUGAGGCAGCAGGUCGUGUGUGUGUGAGCAGCAGCAGUAGUGCGCCUCCUGCAGGGCCGCAGAUGCAGGUGCAGCCACAGCCACAGCCGUCGCAGCCGCAGGGUUUGUGUGACGCUGAAGAUGCAGCCGAACACCAGCAGAUGACGGCGGUGCUGAAAACCAGAGACCUGAGGACACGCACACGCACACGAGCAACACAAGGCCGCAGUGCGUGGGCUCCAGUGAAUGAAGAGUCUCAGAUAAACACCGAGGACGCAGCGGAUGAGAUCAUGGAGAGAAUCGUACGAUCAGCCACUCAGAGUCCCCGAGAGCGAGCGCAGCCGCGAGAACGACGACGCUCACGCGCAAACAGAAAAUCACUGAGGAGGACUCUGAAAGGCGGCUUGACCCCAGAAGAAGCACAAGCUCUGGGAUUCGACACGUCAGACAUGCCGGUGUAACAGGACGUCCCGACUGAACACACACUGAUGCAUUUGCCUUCAGCAGAACCGAUCUCAGGACGCCCAGAACCCACACACAGUCAAACUACAGUGUGUUUAAAGCUGCAGAAAAUCCGCUCAUGGGUCAUUUAUAGAGCAAAGCUCCGCCUCCAGAAUGUGUGUUCCAUUCUAAGCCACACCCACUCAUUGCAUCACACCUCAGCAGCCAAUCCCAGGCCUUCUCUGCAGUGUGAUUUGUUCAAUGAAAUGUUUUGAAUCUCUAAGUCAGGGUUUGGCCCUUCAUUCAUUAUGAAAUGAUGAAUUAUUGAAACGUGGCUUCACUAGAAUCACUUUAUUAAGUCAGUCAGAUUUAAAUGGAUUAUUUAUUGUAAAAUGUUCAAGAGAACUUUAUAAGAGCACUAAAGAGGGUUUAUUUUUGAGGUUCCAGAACUGAGAAACAGCUUUUAAAUGCCGACUGUGAUGUUUCUAUCAGUUUUAAUGACGAGGGUCUGUGAGUUUUGACCCAUUUCAUGACGAAAGGCAAGUAAAUAAAUGCUUUAAAAGCUUGUUCACACACAAAACAAUCAAGCAAUUCUGACUAUCUCAUAAUUCUAAGUUUAUAUCUUUUAAUUCUGAGUUUAUUUCCCUCAGAACUGUGAGAUAAAUAUUCAUAAUUAGCCCUUUAAUUAAAGUCCAGAACUGGAAGUUGCUGCGGACUUUAAUUUCAGUGUUUACAACUGAAUAUUGAGCAGAGGGCGGGGUUUAUUUUUGAACUCCGCCUCUUAUCUUUCACUUCCAGCAAGCUAAUGGUUGGAGGGGGCGUGGCUUAGCAUAAUUCGCCCAAUCAGAGUCAUCAAAGAAGGACUGCUGUUCCAGAGCAUCACCAAAACAAAGGUUUCUCAUUCAGAAGAUGAUAUGACACAGAUUAUUGUUCACCUAAUAUUGAUUAAUAAUGUGCGCUACUAAAAUCAACACUGUACAUUUGGAUUUAAUGCAGACUUUAGGCUGUUUGAGUGUGUUAUAGUGGCUUUUAAUGUGCCUUUGACACAGAAGGAACUAUGAAAACAAAGAGACUGACUGUAGCUCACUCAUGUUCUGUAUGCUCUUACUCUUCAGUCAGUGUCCAGCAUGUUCGGGGAGUUUGGUGUUGGUUCAUGAAACCAUGUGGUGUUGCACCUUAUAAUGAUAUAGGAUUUAUAUGACUAAAGAUUGAGAUCUACAUCAGAUGCAUUCUCCCAGCUAACAAGGUGUACCAGAUUUUUUUUUUAACGAGAUGUAAAAUAGUAUUAGUGUUCUCCAGCUCUCUGAAACUGACCCUUUCAGGCUUUGAUCCAAACUGUGCUAUUUUGGUUACAAUCACUUUAAAUUCAAAUGAGAUUGUGCUCUUUUCAGAAGAGGGCGGAGCUACAGAUGCCUGUGUGUCUGCAUAGUGGCUGAUUCAAAACAGGUUCUCAGUGCUGGUCAGGUCACAUCUGUAAUCCUCUUAGUCUAUGCUGACAUCAUCUUCAGCAGCUCAAACACUCUGAUGGCUAAUGGACAGACGGCUGCUUCUCACUCAGGGCUGCUGGAGAUGCUAAUGAGGAAAAGAUGGGUAAUAGUGGGCGGGGCUUUCCCCCUUUGAUGACACGCACAAAGAGAGAAUGUCAAUCACAGUGUUUCUGCAUCAAGUCUGAUUAGAACAAACACAAUUCAUUCAUGUUGAGCAUUAGAGGCUGCUGGAGAUACUCACACACUGCUGACACACACACUGGGGUUAAACUAUGAAUAAAAGUCAUUUCUGCAUAACAGCUCACCUUUAAUUGUAAAGAGUGACCUUAAUAACAUUAUUAUAACUAAAAAUCAACAUCAAUACAUUGUCUAACAAGAUGUACACAAAAACAUGUUAACGCUUAUGUGAAUGUUUGCGAAAUGUUUUUAGAACAUUAAUAUAAUGUAAACAGAAUGUUCCAAUAAUGUUUUAAGUAUAACACACUGACAACAUUAAUAUAACAUCUGAAUCUCUAUUAAUAUUUGAAUAACGUUAUCCUCUAAAUCUUUUUUCAUUCAUUCAAUGAUUUUCCUUCAGCUUAUUGCCUUAUUUAUCAGGGGUCACCACAGCGGAAUGACCCGCUAACUAUUCCAGCAUAUGUUUUACACAGCGGAUGCCCUUUCAACUGCAACCCAGUACUGGGAAACACCCAUACACACACACACUAAUACACUACGGCCAAUUUAGUU